UCGGCCCCUCUAGGCUCGCCCAUGGAGCGUCCCGCGGAGCCCCGUCCGCCGUCGGAUCCCCCACGCCGCUGGUGAGAGCUCUGCUUGUUCUGUAAAGUGGAUGUCAGGUGGAUCUAUGUUCUGGAAGGAACAAAGAGGCAGCGAAAGCAGCGCGGGGGAAGUUUGAGCGGCGAGGAUGCAGGCUGUGUACUGGUACGCGGUCCUUCUGCUGCAGCCCACUCUCUACCUGGUUACCUGUGCAAAUUUAACAAAUGGAGGAAAAACAGAACUUCUAAAAUCAGGAAGCUCCAAAUCCACACUAAAGCACAUAUGGACAGAAAGCAGCAAAGACUUGUCCAUCAGCCGACUGCUGUCACAGACUUUUCGUGGAAAGGAAAAUGAUACAGAUUUGGACCUGCGAUACGAUGCCCCAGAAACUUAUUCUGAGCAAGAUCUCUGGGACUGGCUGAGGAACUCCACAGAUCUGCAAGAGCCUCGGCCGAGAGCAAAGAGACGGCCCAUCGUCAAGACUGGGAAAUUUAAGAAAAUGUUUGGCUGGGGAGAUUUUCAUUCCAACAUCAAGACUGUGAAGCUAAAUCUGUUAAUAACAGGGAAAAUCGUUGACCAUGGCAAUGGGACGUUUAGUGUUUACUUCAGGCAUAACUCCACUGGUCAAGGGAAUGUAUCUGUGAGCCUAGUGCCCCCUACAAAAAUAGUGGAAUUUGACUUGGCACAACAGACAGUGAUUGAUGCCAAAGAUUCCAAGUCCUUUAACUGUCGAAUCGAGUACGAAAAGGUUGACAAGGCUACCAAGAAUACACUCUGCAACUAUGACCCUUCAAAAACCUGUUAUCAGGAGCAGACCCAGAGCCAUGUGUCAUGGCUCUGCUCCAAGCCCUUUAAAGUAAUCUGUAUUUACAUUUCCUUUUAUAGUACAGAUUAUAAACUAGUACAGAAGGUGUGUCCUGAUUACAACUACCACAGUGACACACCCUACUUCCCUUCAGGGUGAGGACCAACUUGUGUCUGAGACUGAAGCCUGGGGAAUAAAAGAGGUCGAAUAACAGGGCUGUAACCUCAAGGAGGAAGGCCACAUCUAUUGCCUGGAAUGUGUCUACCUGCUGCUGCUGAUGUCAAAUGGCUGCAAAUAUGUUAGUGGAAAACAAUCUAAUGUAAUUUUUGCCCAGUCAGCUCCAUGUAUCCAUCUAGGUGUAAAUCACUAUGGAUUUGAAAUAAAACCAUACAUAUACACAGAGACACACACACACACGCUUUUCAGCUCACGUUAUUGAGAUUCCUGUUAAGAAAUCUUUCAUUGUCUGAUAUCUAAGGAUUCAGCAUAACCUAUCAUCAAGCAAAAUGGAUUAACUAGACAGUACAAGGUUUCUAAGGCAGACUGUUAUGGAAAUCUCCUUGAAAGUCCUUUGAGUACAUGUCAAUCAAUAAUCCCCACUCAUGCAUUCUACUGCUUGGAGCAGCUGUACUGGUAAAUAAUACUGUAGGAAUAAGUACUUGUUAAAAUGGGAAAAAGUGUGUUUAGAGUUCAGUAUUCCGUAUUAUAUGAACACAGCAAAGUGUUGUGACUUUUCCCAGCACACAGUAGGCACAUUCAAGGUGGUGUUGGUGGCUCUUUUUCCAUGGAGCAAGCCCGUUUCUAGUAAAGAUGGGCAAACAUUUGGAAUUUACAUGUGAGCAGACAUUCUGGUUUAAUGUUUCUCUGACUCUUUAAGCUCUGAUUCUUUAAACUUGUUUGAGUUUAGGCCAGCUAAACUACUUAAAAACUGGAAUUGAUCUCUAAGAAGGAAAAUGCCUGGCGGAGAACAUGUAAGUUAUAAGUGGCUGUCUUAUCUUUAUUACAAAAUAUUGUAACAAAUUCAAUAUCCUAGUCUUCAUUUGUAUGAAUGGUUUGUAUUGUACAUAAUUUAACCAGUGUUAUUUGAGCUGCUUAUUAAUAUUAACUUGUAAUUGUCUCUCUGCUUGUUAUUGUUUAAAACAAUCAAGGAAAUGAGGAAUCCAUUUUAUCAAUGUAGCUGUAAACUCCAUUAAAAGACAGAACUAUGUACAAAGCAUUUAUUCAGCUAAAGUAUUGUUGAAAGCUAUACAUAUACAACAUUACAGUCUGUCUGUAUUUAGAUAUUUUAUUUCCAGAGGAAAAAAAAUGAACUGUACAUAAAAAUAAAAAAUCUUAAAGUUGA